AUGGUCAAGCCUAUUAUUGCACCAAGUAUUCUGGCUUCAGACUUUGCUAACCUAGGCUGUGAGUGCCAUAGGGUGAUCAAUGCCGGGGCAGACUGGUUACACAUCGACGUGAUGGACGGCCACUUCGUGCCCAACAUCACUUUGGGACAGCCAAUUGUUAGUUCGCUGCGUCGGGCUGUACCAAGGGCUGACGACGCUUCCAACGUCGGUAAGAAGCCCUCUGCAUUCUUCGACUGCCACAUGAUGGUCGAGGAGCCCGAGAAGUGGGUUGAGGAGUUUGUUAAAUGCGGCGCCGACCAAUUCACCUUCCACUACGAGGCCACUAGGGAUCCACUGGCAUUGGUGAAGCUCAUCAAGAAGCAGGGCUGCAGAGCCGCGUGUGCAAUCAAGCCGGGGACCCCUGUCGACGUGCUGUACGAGUUGGCCCCUCACCUCGACAUGGCGCUGGUCAUGACCGUGGAGCCCGGUUUUGGCGGCCAGAAGUUCAUGAUCGACAUGAUGCCCAAGGUCGAGAAGUUGAGGGAGAAGUUCCCGGACCUCGACAUCCAGGUCGACGGCGGUCUGGGCAGGGACACCAUCCCACACGCGGCCAAGGCCGGCGCCAACGUUAUCGUCGCUGGGACCAGCGUGUUCACUGCUGCAGACCCAGCCGAUCUUAUCUCGUUCAUGAAGAGUGAAGUCCGUGGAAACUUGGCCUCAAAGGGCCUCCUAACUUAA